GUCUUAUUUUCAAUUUCCCUCCUGUUGAUCCCUAGCAUCAAUUUUGCCUUCUUUAUGGCUGCCACAAACUUCAAGGAAAUCACUGUUCCCACCAAAGGGUCCUUGCAAUAGACCUUCCUCCUUCCUAAGACCUUCCCAAUCUCAUGUUGGGCUUAGAAAUAUUUAGGCUUUGAUCUGAAAUCAAACCAGAUCCAAAUCUUCCUUCUCUUCCCAGGUCACUUAUGCUUUUGUCUCUCAUGUUCUGAAUGAUAAGAGGCAUUUCCCUUUUUUCUACCGGAUGGUCCCCAAAGAAGAAGCCCUGUACCCAGGGAUUGUCAAGCUGCUCCAGCACUUCCGAUGGACCUUGAUUGGCCUCCUUGCACCAGACACCGACAAUGGAGAGAGGUUCCUGAAGAGCUUGACACCCGUGCUCAUCAAGAGCGGUGUCUGUGUUGUCAUCUCACUAAGCAUCCAAGGACUGAAUACAAAUGCAGUAUACAUUCCUCAUCUUCCAUUCCUCAAGUGGAGGCAAGUGCAUGUAUUUGUUUACUAUGGUGAAAUGACUUUUUUCUUAGAUGGACUACUCAUUGUACAAUAUAUUUUUGACAAAGUGAUGAAAUCCAUUGUUGGGAAAAUUUUCAUCACAACAGUUUUGUGGGAUGUCGCCCUGGAGCUGAUGUAUAAUGAGAUAUCUUUCCAACACAUCCAUGGUAUAUUUUCCUUCUUCACUGAGACAAGUAAAGGGGCAAAAUACGGUGAUUUUCCACCCUUUUUCUCUGGUAUUAAGAAGUUUUGGGAGGAUGCUUUUAAUUGUUUUUAUUUAAAGCAUGCAUUCUCAGUGAAAGGCCGGACAAGAUGCAGAGAGAGAGGGAAACUGGAGAGGCUUCCCCAAGAUGAUCUGGAAAGAAUCCUCUCUCUAGACAGCUACAGGAUCUACAACACUCUGCAAGCCGUAGCUCGUGCCUUAAAUGCUGCAUAUUCAUCUAGAUCUAAGCAGAGGGGAACUGAGAGAAUGGGACUUCAAAGGCUACAGCCAUGGCAGAGCCUUCCUACUUCCACGUGUGUGGAAAGCUGUCGCCCUGGAUCCGUCAAGGUGAUUCAGGAAGGGAAGCCUCUUUGCUGUUAUGAAUGUCUUCCCUGUGCAGAAGGGACCAUCUCCACUCAGGAAGAUGCAGACCAUUGCAAAAAAUGCCCAGAAAAUCAGCAUCCAAACAUGAACCGAGAUCAAUGUGUGUUCAAGCAUAUCACCUUCCUAGCCUAUGAAGAAUCUCUGGGGGUUGUCCUACUUUCCCUUGCCCUACUGGGGUCCUUAGCCACAAGCUUUGACUUAGGAAUCUUUAUUAAAUACAACGAAACUCCCAUAGUCAAAGCCAACAACCGGGACCUCUCCUACAUCCUCCUGGUCUCCCUCCUGCUUUCCUUUUUGUCCUCCUUCCUGUUCAUUGGGAGGCCAAGGAAAGGGACCUGCCUUCUCCAACAAACAGCCUUCAGCAUCAUCUUCUCUGUUGCUGUUUCUUCUGUCUUGGCAAAAACCAUCACUGUGGUUCUGGCCUUCCUGGCCACCAAGCCAGGGAACAAGGUGAGGAGAUGGCUGGGGAAGAGUCUGGCCAACUCCAUUGUCAUUUCCUGUUCCUGUGUCCAAGUUGUCAUCUGCAUGAUCUGGCUGGGGAUCUCGCCACCAUUCCCAGACUCUGACAUGCACUCUCAGCCUGGAGAGAUCAUCCUGCAAUGCAACGAAGGGUCUGUGGCCAUGUUCUAUGGUGCCCUUGGCUACAUGGGCUUCUUGGCGGCCAUCUGCUUCACGGUGGCUUUCCUGGCCAGGAAGCUGCCUGGGGCCUUCAAUGAGGCCAAGCUGAUCACCUUCAGCAUGCUGGUCUUCUGCAGUGUUUGGGUGUCCUUUGUGCCCACCUACCUGAGCACCAAAGGGAAAUACAUGGUAGCCGUGCAGGUCUUCUCCAUCUUGGCCUCCAGUGCUGGGCUUCUGGGCUGCAUCUUCCUCCCCAAGUGCUACAUUAUUGUACUGAGGCCUGAUCUGAAUGCAAAGGAGCACCUGACAGCAAAAACUAAAGAUAGCAUCUGAUUCUUAAAAUAUUAUUUUUCAAGAAGGUAGGGAAGUGAGAUUCUUGGAAAAUGAUGUUUAAAAAAUCGUUACGCUCAUUUGAUCAUGUAGAACCAACCAACUUAAUGGAAGUAGUUAUUAAAUUUGGAUUUGGUUGAAAAUUUGUUAAUACUUUGAAAGAUAUAGAUCACAUAGAUCACGGAGGAUUCACAUUACCAAAAUUUUGUAAUUAUUCUUGGAACGGAACAAGGAUGUCCACUGUCACUCCUGUUAUU